GGUGGCGGGGGGUUGUGCUCGCUCCUGCUCUCUAUGCUCUCUGACCCCAGUGGCAGCUCCGACUCACUGCACUCCGGCUCCCCCUCCGUCACACCGAGGCUGCUCUCUCUCUCUCUCUCUCUCUCUCUCUCUCUCUCUCUCUCUCUGCCUGUUGUCUGUCAGUGUCUCUCGCCCUCCUCUCCGGCUCUCUCUCCCCCUCGCUCUCUUGUCUGGUUUCUUUCCACAGGAGCCAGCCGAGGUCCCGCCGGGUCGAAGGUUCUGCCCUAUCCGCCCAGACUGCCGCAACCCCCGGACGGCCGCGUUCGAACCUGCCCGCCUGCUCCCCUGUUGCUGCCGCAUGGACCCGCGUCUCUUCGCCGCCGCCGCCGCUGCUGCUGCUGCUGCUUCUGCCGCCGCCGCCGCCGCCGCGUAGAGGGCGACCCCGACCCGACACUCUUCCUCCGGCCAAGAUAAAAAAAAAAAACCCGCACAAAAAAAGCCCCACACGACGAAGACCGCAGUGUGUCAGGGUCGAGUCGGUCGGCUGGGUCGCUGCUCCCGACGCUGCUGCUGCUGCUGGGAGACUUCCUGGACUUCUUAAAGCGGCUCUGAAGGAUGACCGCUGCACGGCUCGCUGCUGAAUCCCGGUGAACGAACGGCGUCUCAUGUCCAAACGGCGGAAGGAUGGCUCAUGGCAAAGCGACCAUCACGGUGGACGAGUACAGCUCCAACCCCACACAGGCCUUCACACACUACAACAUCAACCAGAGCCGCUUCCAACCUCCACACGUCCACAUGGUGGACCCAAUCCCUUAUGACACUCCCAAACCAGCAGGACACACCAGGUUUGUGUGUGUGUCCGACACACACUCGCGCACAGACGGCAUACAGAUGCCCUAUGGCGACGUGCUGCUGCACAUGGGCGACUUCACCGAGCUGGGCCUGCCCUCCGAGGUUAAGAAGUUCAACGACUGGCUAGGUGGCCUCCCGUACGAGUUUAAGGUGGUGAUCGCCGGAAACCACGAACUGACCUUCGAUAAGGACUUUAUGGCCGAGCUGGUCAAGCAGGAUUACUACCGAUUCCCCUCAGUGUCCAAACUCAAACCCGAGGACUUUGACAAUGUCCAGACGCUGCUCACAAACUGUGUGUACCUGCAGGACUCGGACGUCACCAUAAAGGGAUUCCGGAUAUACGGAGCACCGUGGACUCCGUGGUUUAACGGCUGGGGGUUCAACCUGCCUCGAGGUCAGUCUCUGCUGGAUAAGUGGAAUCUGGUACCUGAAGGCAUCGACAUCCUGAUGACCCACGGACCUCCGCUCGGUUUCAGAGAUUGGGUUCCCAAAGAGCUGCAGCGGGUCGGCUGCGUGGAGCUUCUCAACACGGUCCAGAAGAGAGUGAGACCCAAACUUCAUGCUUUUGGAGGCAUACAUGAAGGCUACGGGAUCAUGACGGACGGCUACACGACGUUCAUCAACGCGUCCACCUGCACCGUCAGCUUCCAGCCCACCAACCCCCCCAUCGUGUUCGACCUGCCCAACCCCUCCAGCUCCUGAGACCAGAGGGGGGGGGGGGGGGAGAGACGGAGGGGAUGAGGGGAGGGAGUAAAAAUGUGUUUUUUUUCUAUAAAUAUGUCAAGUAAAAAAAAAAAAAAUCUAAGUGUUUCUUUGCAAACAUUUGGUCUUCUCUAAGCUGUUGUUGAAGUUGAGAAGAUUUGGAGACAUUGGGGGGGGGGCGGGGUUUAUCUGGGAGGGUUAAAGGAGAAUAACGGUGUUUACAUUUUUUUUUGUGCCAACAGUGCUGCUUCCCCUCUCGCAUUUAUGUUAACGCCUCACGGUCAGCGUGGCUUCAGAUAUCAGGGUCUGUUACUCUCCUUGAAAAGCGAGCGUAGAAACGUCUUCAUUUCCUGAUUCCAACCGGGCAAAGUUAUUUCAUCAGAACCCUUUAUCCGUUCUUUUUAAGGAAGUUCAACAUCCAGUUCAGGAAAUCCUCCACUUCAAAAUGUGUCGCCGUAGCGCAUAACCAUAAAAAAAAAAAAUGUAACCCCCAAUUUCCACAAACUCCAUGCACGUCAGCACCACGGUUUUGCUCCUUCGGACGGCGAGCGCGAUGCCCCACUGAGUCCGUUUCUGGAACGUGAGCCUAGCCAUGAGCAGCUCUACUUUACACACAUCACAGGAGAACAACAACAUGUGGGAAUACAGAAAAAAACAUGCAAACAACAUGUUUCUUUUGUCUACCUGAGGAUGAUUUGUCGUUGGUGCCUGUUUUGACGUUAAGUUGAUUCAGUGAUAAAUAUAUAUAUAGUUUUAUUUUGAAAAUCCUUGUCUAACUUCCUGUCUGGCUCGAUCUAUUCUGUCCAGCUUGAUGCGUCCCCUGCAGCGUACUCCCAUCGAAAAUAGACUCGCAGCGAAAUUAGAAACGGAGCAGAGCGUAGUGGUGCUGCUGGCACGCUUCAGAGAGGGACGGCGGCGCUCGCUGUGGAAACUAUCUUUGACUAGAGUGGCAGCGAACGACUUCUCCCUCGGAGACCACGGUGCGCACAGAGUAUGUGAAAAUUGGGGAUAAGAGUGAUGACUGAAUAGGGUUUCCUGCUGGAAUAAAAGAAAGAUAUUUAAUGAAAAGCUGCUUAAUUUCAUGAGAAGUUGUGAUUGUUUUUUUUUUUAUUAUUUAAAUUUUCCAACUUUAUUUGUUCUUAAUCACGACAAAGCAAAAAUGAUUUUUGACCCUUUUCAGAGCAGAAUGGGGGAAUCUGCCUGUCGUUCUUUGUUUGGACCGUUUAUAUAUAAAUAAAAAUACUCAUUAAAAACGUGUUUUAAAGUCUAAAGAAGUUCAGCUUGUGAUGAGAAAUGAAUUUGAGAGGGGAGAGUGACGCUGCGUUGAGAAACACCGCUAUUCUCCUCCUCCUUUUUUUUUUUUUUUUUGAAGGGUUUUGUGGUUAAACAAUCUUGCUCUUGAUAAAUAUUGGUCAGACCUGUAAGAUAAAUGAUGCUUUGUGAAUUUGUACAAUUUCUCUCUGUUUGGUUUUGCAUUGGCCGGACAGCGGAUGCCAUUGUUUUUAUGUUGUAUCUACCAUCAUGAUAUUUUGUGUUUAGCUCUUCUUUUCUUUCUUUUUUUUUAAUCUCGUCAGUUGCUCUUCUUUCUUAUUGGCUGACAGGGACGCUGCCUUAAACUAGCUUUAAUGUUCUCACAGCUAGAGCCCCCCCCCACCCCAAUCUCUGCGAGCUCGGAGAAAAAAAAGUCCUUAUUUAUUACCCAUCAUCCCGCAGGACAACACCUGACCGACGACGCAGGGACGGAAAGCUAACGAAUCACAGCCCGACACGUUCACUCUCUUAACAUCUCAUUCUGGAUUUCUGAUCUAAUUUGGAAAUGUAUGUAUAAAAUAUAUAAAUAUAUAUUCUAUAUUCAUGUUGUAAAACAUCUGUACGAAAAGUUGUGUUUGAAAAAAAAAAAGAACAUCUGGUGCAUUGUUUUGUUUUUUUUGUACGCGCCUGUAUGAUGGCGUUUUCCCGCUCGUCGCUCUUCAGACGUUUCUUUCCUGUUUUUUUUGGGUAAACGUUAAUUUUGGAUGAGAGAGGAGACUUUUAGUCAGAGUCACAAUCCAACAGGUGCUGCUUGUUCCCAACAACACGCCUGCCUAAACAUGCUUACGUUGUCCUUUUAAAGUGUAAAUCUGAUAGUAUUUGUGUUCUAUUGCUCUUGUUUUUUUUUUCUUCUUCUAAUUUUGCACUGUGUGUAAAUGCAAUCUUGCUAGCACAAAAAAAAAAUGUUGCCAAUAGUUGUCUGAACUCUGCCUCUGUAAAUGCUCUUUCUGUGCUCUGUUCCUCUCUCUCUCUCUCUCUCUCUCUCUCUCUCUCUCUCUCUCUCUGAUUGUACCCCUCUUCAUGGAAAUGUUAGUUCUCUUUUUCAGUUCAUUGUGAUAUAUUUAGCUGCCUUUAUAUGCAAAUAAAAUUGCAAGAUUUUUACUUAUCAAGAUCUGUCUUGAUUUUUGUUUUUUUCAUUUUUAUAUAAAGUGUCCCAAACCAG